CAAGAAUCCUUAUCCAGCUUCACUAGCUUUCAACUCCACACGUCACCCUUCUUUCUUUCCCCCACUCUCGAGAUAUGAUAUGAUGAUUGAUGCGUGACUAAAAUGUACAAGCUUCUCACUUUGUUCAAGAUUAAAACAUGGCUUUUCAUUUUCACUCGGGGUUACUUUCAAAUGGUGAGCGAAUUCUCUCGGUACGUAAAUUACCACUGACUAGUUGUGAAAGAUAUAAGUGGGGUCGAGCUUAUCUUAAUGGCAAUCUAUCGGUGAGGAUGAGUUCAAGAUGUUUGAAUGACUUGUCAUUAGGAAAGACUAAGGCCCAAAUGAUAUGUGGGAUUAACACGAUUAUAACUGAGACCAGAAAAAAAAUAAAUCUUCGGGAGGUGGUGAGACUUGUUUCAUGGAAGCAAUGGGGUUAUGUCAAUGGUGCUGCAAUUUUAUUGGCAUUGGCACUGCUGAUAAUUCCAAAGGCUGAUGCUGUGGAUGCUUUGAAAACCUGUACUUGCUUACUCAAGGAGUGCAGAUUGGAGCUUGCCAAGUGCAUUGCGAACCCUUCAUGUGCCGCUAAUAUUGCAUGUCUCCAGACCUGUAAUAACAGACCCGAUGAAACCGAGUGCCAGAUAAAGUGUGGAGACUUGUUCGAAAAUAGCGUAGUAGACGAAUUCAACGAGUGUGCAGUUUCAAGAAAGAAAUGUGUGCCUCGUAAAUCGGACGUAGGUGAAUUCCCUGCACCUGAUCCAGCUGUGCUGGUGCAGAAUUUCAACAUCAAUGAUUUCAACGGGAAGUGGUUUAUAACGAGUGGCUUAAAUCCCACAUUUGACACUUUCGAUUGCCAACUACAUGAGUUCCAUACAGAGUCCAACAAACUCGUGGGCAAUAUUUCUUGGCGUAUAAAGACUCCGGAUACUGGUUUUUUCACUCGAUCAACGGUGCAGAAAUUCAUGCAAGAUCCGAAAUAUCCAGGAAUAUUGUAUAAUCAUGACAACGAGUUCCUUCAUUACCAAGACGACUGGUACAUUCUCUCGUCUAAGGUACAAAACGAGCCGGAUGACUACAUAUUCGUGUACUACCGAGGCCGAAACGAUGCGUGGGAUGGGUAUGGUGGAGCCGUGGUCUACACACGGGCCCGAGUCAUGCCACAGACAAUCAUUCCCCAACUGGAAGAGGCGGCCCGCAAAGUGGGCCGUGAUUUCAAGAAAUUCAUAAUGACGGACAACACAUGUGGACCCGAGCCCGCUCUCGUGGAGCGACUGGAGAAGACUGUGGAGGAAGGAGAAGAGAUAAUCGCCAAGGAAGUGAAGGAAAUCGAGCAGGAAGUUGAGCGAGUGAAGGACACAGAAGUCACUUUGUUCCAAAGGUUGUCCGAAGGGUUUCAAGAGCUUAUUAAGGAUAAAGAUUAUUUCCUAAAGGAGCUGAGCGAAGAGGAGAUGGAUAUUCUGAGUGAGCUGAAAAUGGAGGCCACUGAAGUGGAGAAACUUUUUGGGAAGGCGAUACCACUGAGGAAGUUGAGGUGAUUGUUGCUUGUGAGGGGGUAUAAUGGAAAUAUUGAGAAUUUGUUUGUUUUAGAAUUAAUUUAAGUGUACAGGACAUGAAUACAUAGUACUAGAGCUUAUUCUUUUGCAAUGGAGGAUCCUAAGGGGCUGGAAAUUUUCUUCUUUUCUUUCUUUUUGGUGUGUUGCCUUCAGUUUUAGCAUAUGCCUUUAGUUUUCAAGAGUUCUAUAGAAGACCAUGGCUUGCAUUUCUUUCCACACUUGCAAAUUUCUUUUUCCUUCUCUAAUGAGUCAUAUCACUGUUUGACA